AAAAAAAAUUACUGAAAAUGCAUGAAAUAUAGAAUGAAUAACACUGAGAAACUUCUACUUCAUAAUAAAGUACAAUAUGUAUGCACUCAUUUACUCAGUCCACACUAAUUGGACACAGCUGGCAUGAAUUACACAAAGGUGGUAUUUAUUGGGGCACAGCAGGCCUCAUCGUGAACACAACACAGGAAGUAAACUUUAAGACAAGAACUGACCAUGGAGAGUACACACAACGAAAUGAAGUAAACUCACAAGACAAUGCAGUUUCUACAAGAGAUUCAGAGGGGCUUGAUGCCGUGGAGGAGGCAGGCAGAGGCAGACAGGCUGAGCUGACCCGCUUUACUGUGUGUCGCCCAGCCUUCAUCCAAGUCAGUCCGCAUGCAUUAAGGAGCGCCGCACAUCAGGUGUGUAGGUCGCCAGACCUGUGAAGCUACUUGUCAAGAUGGUGGCCUUAUCCUUAAAGAUCUGCGUCCGCCAGUGCAAUGUGGUGAAGACCAUGCAGUUUGAACCGUCCACUCCAGUCUACGAUGCCUGUCGUAUCAUCAGGGAGAGAGUUCCAGAAGCCCAGACGGGACAAGCCUCAGAUUAUGGGCUCUUCUUGUCUGAUGAUGAUCCCAGAAAAGGAAUCUGGCUCGAAUCAGGAAGAACCCUUGAUUACUACAUGCUGAGAAAUGGGGAUAUAUUGGAAUAUAAAAAGAAGCAAAGGCCCCAGAAGAUCAAGAUGCUGGAUGGUGCAAUUAAAACCAUCAUGGUCGACGACUCCAAAACAGUCGGCGAGCUGCUCGUCACCAUCUGCAGCAGAAUCGGGAUCACCAACUAUGAGGAGUACUCACUAAUCCAGGAGACGACGGACGACAAGAAGGAGGAGAGCACCGGGACGCUGAAGAAAGACAGGACGCUGCUGCUGCGAGACGAGAGGAAGAUGGAAAAGCUGAAAGCCAAACUCCACACAGAUGACGACCUGAACUGGCUGGACCACAGCAGGACGUUCAGAGAACAAGGGGUGGAGGAGAGCGAGACUCUGCUGCUCAGGCGCAAGUUCUUCUAUUCUGACCAGAACGUGGACUCCAGAGACCCUGUCCAGCUGAACCUGCUCUACGUUCAGGCGAGGGAUGAUAUAUUGAAUGGAUCCCACCCCGUCUCCUUUGAUAAAGCUUGUGAGUUUGCAGGGAUCCAGGCUCAGAUCCAGUUUGGGCCCCACGUGGAGCACAAGCACAAGCCCGGAUUCCUGGACCUGAAGGAGUUCUUACCCAAGGAGUACAUCAAGCAGAGAGGUUCUGAAAAGAAAAUAUUCCAUGAACACAGAAAUUGUGGAGAGAUGACGGAGAUCGAAGCCAAAGUGAAGUAUGUGAAGUUGGCGAGAUCUCUACAGACAUACGGAGUUUCCUUCUUCCUGGUGAAGGAAAAGAUGAAGGGUAAAAAUAAGCUGGUCCCACGGCUGCUGGGGAUAACCAAGGAGUCGGUGAUGCGAGUGGAUGAGAAGACAAAGGAUGUGGUCCAGGAGUGGCCUCUGACAACUGUCAAGAGAUGGGCUGCCUCCCCCAAGAGCUUCACCCUGGAUUUUGGGGAAUACCAGGAGAGUUACUACUCUGUCCAGACCACAGAAGGGGAGCAGAUAUCCCAACUCAUCGCUGGCUACAUCGACAUCAUUCUCAAAAAGAAACAAAGCAAGGAUCGUUUUGGCCUGGAGGGAGAUGAGGAGUCCACCAUGCUGGAGGAAUCUGUUUCCCCCAAGAAGUCAACAAUUUUGCAGCAGCAGUUUAACCGAGUCGGUCGUGUGGAACAUGGCUCAGUAGCACUUCCAGGCAUAAUUAGGUCGGGAUCUAUUGGCGGCCCUGACACCUUUAAUGUGGGUACUAUGCCCUCUGCCCAGCAGCAAAUUACAAUGGGGCAGAUGCAUAGAGGACACAUGCCUCCACUGAGUCUGGCCCAGCAGGCGCUGAUGGGGACCAUCAACAGCAGCAUGCAGGCUGUGCAGCAGGCCCAGUCAGAUCUGGGACACGUUGAUAAUCUCCCUCCACUGGGUCAUGACCUGGCAUCCAGAGUUUGGGUCCAGAACAAAGUGGAUGAAUCCAAACAUGAAAUCCACUCUCAGGUGGAUGCUAUCACCGCUGGAACAGCGUCCGUGGUCAACCUCACUGCAGGUGAGCCCACAGAAACGGACUACACCGCAGUGGGUUGUGCCAUCACGACCAUCUCUUCCAAUCUGACUGAAAUGUCCAAGGGUGUCAAACUGCUGGCAGCGUUAAUGGACGAUGAUGUGGGCAGUGGACACAAGCUCAUGGGUGCUGCCAGGAUGCUGGCAGUGGCUGUGUCUGAUCUGCUCAGGUCUGUGGAGCCUGCUGCCGCAGAGCCCAGACAGACUGUGCUGACUGCGGCAGGAAACGUUGGACAGGCCAGUGGAGACCUUCUGCGUCACAUCGGGGAGGGCGAGACCGAUGAGAAGUUCCAGGACACACUGAUGAAUCUGGCCAAAGCGGUGGCCAAUGCAGCUGCUAUGUUAGUCCUGAAGGCCAAGAACGUGGCCCAGGUGGCAGAGGACACCAUACUGCAGAACAGAGUGAUCGCAGCUGCAACUCAGUGUGCACUGUCCACCUCACAGCUGGUAGCCUGCACUAAGGUGGUGAGUCCGACCAUCAGCUCCCCAGUGUGUCAGGAGCAGCUCGUCGAAGCCGGGAAACUUGUGGAUCGAUCCAUGGAAACCUGUGUGAAAGCGUGCAGAUCGGCCAGCGACGACAGUGAGCUGCUGAAGCAGGUGGGGGCAGCGGCGGGCGUGGCCAGCCAGUCUCUCAGCGACCUGCUGCAACACGUCCGUCACUACGCCAGCUGCGGAGAGCCAAUCGGACGUUACGACCAGGCUACAGACACCAUCAUGAAUGUUACAGAAAACAUUUUCACCUCCAUGGGUGAUGCUGGUGAAAUGGUGCGUCAGGCCAGGGUUUUGGCCCAAGCCACUUCUGACUUGGUGAACGCCAUGAGGUCUGAUGCAGAAGCGGAAGUUGACGUGGACAGCUCUAAGAAACUCCUGGCUGCAGCCAAACUCCUGGCAGAUGCUACAGCACGGAUGGUUGAAGCUGCAAAGGGGGCGGCUGCUUAUCCAGAGAAUGAGAACCAGCAGCAGCGGCUCCGAGAGGCGGCCGAGGGGCUCCGUGUCGCCACUAAUGCUGCAGCUCAGAAUGCGAUUAAGAAAAAACUGGUCAACAGGCUGGAGAUUGCAGCAAAGCAGGCUGCAGCAGCUGCCACUCAGACCAUCGCAGCUGCACAGAAUGCCGCGGCUUCGAAUAAAAACACAGUUUCACACCAACAACUCGUGCACAGCUGCAAGGCGGUGGCAGAUAGCAUUCCCCAGUUGGUGCAGGGUAUGAAGAGCAGCCAGGCACAGCCUGAGGAGCUGGGAGCUCAGCUCGCCCUCAUCAUGGCCAGCCAGAGCUUCUUACAGCCUGGAAGUAAGAUGGUGACAUCUGCCAAGUCAGCAGUUCCUACUGUGGCUGACCAGGCAGCUGCUAUGCAACUGGGCCAAUGUGCCAAGAACCUGGCUACCUGCCUGGCAGAGCUCAGGACCGCCACCCAGAAGGCCCACGAAGCGUGCGGUCCUCUGGAGAUUGACUCCGCUCUCAAAACGGUCCAGACACUCAAGAGUGAGCUCCAGGAUGCCAAGAUGUCUGUGAUCGAUGCCCAACUCAAACCUCUUCCUGGAGAAACAUUGGAAAAAUGUGCCCAGGAUUUGGGAAGUACAUCUAAGGCUGUGGGUUCCUCCAUGGCUCAGCUGCUAACGUGUGCUGCACAAGGCAAUCAACAUUAUACAGGUGUAGCAGCCAGAGAAACAGCUUUGGCUCUAAGGACAUUGGCUCAAGCAGCCAGAGGUGUGGCCGCCAGCACCAAGGAGCCACAGGCUGCGGCGGCGAUGCUCGACUCAGCCCAGUGUGUCAUGGAGGGCUCAGCCAUGUUGAUCCACGAAGCCCAUCAGGCUCUGGUUCAUCCAGGAGAUGCUGAGAGUCAGCAGAGAUUGGCCCAGGUGGCCAAAGCUGUGUCCCACUCCCUGAAUAAUUGUGUAAAUUGCCUGCCAGGACAGAAGGACGUUGAUAUGGCUCUGAGGAGCAUUGGAGAAGCCAGCAAGAAGCUGCUGGUUGACAUGCUUCCACCAUGCAGCAAGACAUUCACUGAGGCCCAGACUGAUCUGAACCACACGGCGGCUGAACUCAACCACUCUGCAGGCGAGGUUGUCCACUCUUCCCGAGGGACCAGCAGCCAGCUCGCUGCAGCCUCAGGCAAAUUCAGCCAAGACUUUGAUGAAUUCCUGGAUGCUGGCAUUGAGAUGGCAGGACACACCCAAAGCAAAGACGACCAGAUCCAAGUCAUUGGUAAUUUGAAGAAUAUCUCAAUGGCAUCCAGUAAGCUGCUGCUGGCUGCCAAGUCCCUGUCUGUGGACCCGGGCGCAGCCAAUGCCAAGAAUCUCCUAGCUGUGGCAGCGAGGGCGGUGACAGAGAGCAUUAACCAGCUAAUUACACUCUGUACCCAACAAGCUGCAGGACAAAAAGAGUGUGACAACGCAUUAAGGGAGUUGGAGGCUGUCAGAGGACUUUUAGAUAAUCCCAACGAGCCUGUCAGUGAACUCUCUUACUUUGACUGCAUCGAGAGCGUCAUGGAAAAUUCAAAGGUGCUCGGCGAGUCCAUGGCAGGUAUUUCUCAGCACUGUAAGACGGGUGAUGUGGUCGCCUUUGGGGAGAGCGUGGGUGUGGCGUCCAAAGCUCUGUGUGGGCUGACUGAGGCUGCAGGACAGGCGUCUUAUCUUGUUGGUGUGUCAGAUCCCAACAGUCACUCGGGACAUGAGGGACUGGUGGAUCCGAUCCAGUUUGCUAAGGCUCACCAGGCUAUACAGAUGGCAUGUCAGAACUUAGUUGACCCAGCCAGUAGUCCUUCACAGGUGUUGUCUGCAGCAACAAUUGUGGCCAAACACACCUCAGCUCUUUGUAACGCCUGUCGCCUGGCCUCCUCAAAAACCUCCAACCCGGUGGCUAGGAGGCAGUUUGUGCAGUCAGCCAAAGAGGUGGCUAACACCACAGCCAACCUUGUCAAAACCAUCAAGGUCAACUCCCCAACCGAUCAAAACGCUCUGGAUGGAGAUUUUUCAGAGGAGAAUAGAACCCGGUGUCGUGUGGCGACAGCUCCUCUCCUCGAGGCGGUGGAAAACCUCUCCACUUUUGCCAACAACCCUGAGUUUGCGAGCAUCCCAGCUCAGAUCAGCAAUGAGGGCUCAGCAGCGCAGGAGCCGAUUGUGCGUUCAGCCCGCUCCAUGCUGGACAGCUCCACCUACCUUUUAGAAACAGCUCGUUCUCUGGUUCUGAAUCCUAAAGACCCUCCCACCUGGUCCAUACUAGCUGGUCACUCCAGGACUGUGUCUGACUCAAUCAAGAGCCUCAUCACCUCCAUACGGGACAAGGCACCAGGACAGAGGGAGUGUGACUCCAGUAUUGAUAGUAUCAAUAAAUGUAUCCGGGACAUUGAGCAAGCGUCUCUGGCUGCCGUCGGGCAGACCCUGCCCUGCAGAGAUGAUAUCUCCAUGGAAGCGCUCCAGGAGCAACUGACAUCCUCUGUGCAGGAGAUUGGGCACCUGAUUGAUCCUGUUUCUACCGCAGCCCGAGGCGAAGCUGCCCAGCUAGGACACAAGGUCACACGGCUGGCCAGUUAUUUUGAGCCUCUUAUUGUGGCAUCUGUGGGACUGGCUUCAAAACUCCACGACCACCAGCAGCAAAUGACCAUCCUGGAUCAGACCAAGACUCUGUCUGAGUCGGCCCUGCAGAUGCUCUACGCUGCCAAAGAAGGCGGCGGAAACCCAAAGGCGUCCCACACACACGAUGCCAUCUCCGAGGCGGCCCAGCUGAUGAAGGAGGCUGUGGACGACAUCAUGGUGACUUUGAAUGAGGCGGCCAGUGAAGUGGGCAUGGUGGGGGGCAUGGUGGAGUCCAUUGCUGAGUCCAUGGGCAGGCUGGGUGAGGGGACCCCCCCUGAACCUGAGGGCUCCUUUGUGGACUACCAGACUACAAUGGUGAAGUUCUCCAAGGCCAUCACUAUCACUGCGCAAGAGAUGAUGACCAAGUCAGUGACCUGCCCCGAGGAGCUUGGCGGCCUCGCCUCUCAAGUGACAGUGGACUACGGACAUCUAGCCCACCAGGGGAGGCUGGCUGCAGCGACUGCAGAGCCAGAGGAGGUUGGCUUCCAGAUAAAGACCAGAGUACAGGAGCUGGGCCACGGUUGUAUCUUCCUGGUGCAGAAGGCUGGAGCCCUGCAGCUCAGCCCUACAGACAGCUUCUCUAAACGGGAGCUUAUCGAGUGUGCUCGUGCAGUGACAGAGAAGGUGUCCUUGGUGCUGUCAGCACUACAGGCGGGUAACAAAGGCACCCAGGCCUGUAUCACAGCAGCUGGAGCUGUGUCGGGCAUCAUCGCCGACUUGGACACCACCAUCAUGUUCGCCUCGGCCGGAACGUUGAACCCAGAGAAUGAAGAGUCUUUCGCUGACCACAGGGAGAGCAUCCUGAAGACGGCCAAGGCACUUGUAGAGGACACCAAGCUGCUGGUCGCUGGAGCAGCAUCCAGUCAGGACAAACUGGCUCAGGCUGCCCAGUCCUCAGCCAAGACCAUCACUCAGCUCAGUGAUGUGGUCAAGCUGGGAGCGACCAGCAUGGGCUCAGAGGACCCAGAGACACAGGUGGUUCUGAUAAAUGCAGUGCGCGAUGUGGCCAAAGCUCUGGCAGAACUGAUUGGUGCCACCAAAUGUGCCUCAGGAAAAGUAGCCGACGACCCGUCCAUGUAUCAGCUGAAAAGUGCAGCCAAGGUCAUGGUAACCAACGUGACGUCUCUUCUAAAAACAGUGAAGGCUGUGGAAGACGAGGCCACUCGUGGGACGAGGGCACUGGAGGCCACCAUCGAGUGCAUCAAGCAGGAGCUGACAGUGUUCCAGUCUAAGGAUACUCCAGAUAGGGUGACCACACCUGAGGACUUCAUCCGCAUGACCAAAGGCAUCACCAUUGCAACAGCCAAAGCAGUGGCCGCGGGCAACUCGGCUCAGCAAGAAGACGUGAUCGCCACUGCCAACCUGAGCCGCAAAGCCAUCUCUGAAAUGUUGAUUUCAUGCAAGCAAGCGGCACACAACCAGGAAGUGAGCGAGGAGCUGAGGAACAAGGCCCUGCAGUACAGUUCUGAGUGCACCAAUGGAUACAUUAGCCUUCUGGAACAAGUGCUGCAGGUGCUGCAGAAACCCACAGUGGAGCAGAAACAGCAGCUGGCUGUCCACUCCAAACGUGUAGCUGCAUGUGUGACGGAGCUCAUCCAGACAGCUGAGGCCAUGAAAGAUGGAGGAUCAGAGUGUGUGGAUCCCGAGGACCCGAAUGUCAUCGCUGAGACUGAGCUCCUCGGCGCAGCGGCAUUCAUUGAAGCUGCUGCGAAUAAAUUGGAACAGCUAAAGCCCAGAGCCAAACCCAAGAAGGCAGAUGAAACACUGGAUUUUGAGGAGCAGAUAUUAGAAGCUGCAAAAUCAAUUGCUGCGGCAACUAGUGCUCUUGUCAAGUCUGCGUCAGCGGCUCAGAGAGAACUAGUGGCACAGGGCAAGGUGGGGUCAAAUCUGGCAAAUGCAGUCGAUGACGGCCAGUGGUCGCAGGGUCUCAUUUCAGCGGCUCGUAUGGUGGCAGCAGCCACCAGUAAUCUGUGUGAGGCUGCAAACGCUUCAGUUCAGGGCCACGCCAGUGAGGAGAAGCUGAUUUGUUCAGCCAAACAAGUCGCAGCCUCCACAGCUCAGCUGCUGGUGGCCUGCAAGGUGAAGGCGGACCAGGACUCUGAAGCCAUGAGGAGGCUGCAGGCUGCUGGCAACGCAGUGAAACGGGCAUCGGACAAUCUGGUGAAGGCGGCUCAGAAAGCAGCCUUUGACAAAACUGAAGACGACAGUGUGGUGGUAAAGACCAAAUUUGUUGGAGGGAUAGCUCAGAUUAUUGCAGCUCAGGAGGAGAUGCUGAGGAAGGAGCGGGAGCUGGAAGAAGCUCGGAAGAAGCUCGCUCAGAUCCGACAGCAGCAAUACAAGUUUCUGCCCAGCGAGCUGAGAGAAGAUGAAGGCUGAUUGGCUUGGGCUCCGCUGGAGUGAGAUGGUCUAAUCAGGACGGUGUUGCCGAUGUACGAAUGGCUGCUCAACUCCCUUAGAGCAGAGAGUGAUAACAGAGUAAUACACAGCACUUGAAACAGGCCUGUUUGGUGAGAAAAAAGUGCCUGUGCUUUAUUGUGUGUGUGUGGGCGCGCAUGUGUGUGUACUGUAUGUAUCAAUGGUUGGAAAGUUGUCCAUAUAAAUAGGUUGAAGGUGUGUGAGAUGGUGUUGUAUGAUGGAAAACGCAGUGUUAAUACUGACUGUUACAGUCCUGACAAUGUUGUGAAUGAAGAAAUCAUCUAUAAUCAACGAAUGUCCAAUUAGAAACUGAAGGUUCAGAGCAAAUAUUUUACAAAAACUGAAAUGUUCUCUGCCAGUUCCAAAACUCUCCAGAGGUUUUUACCUUAAAGUUUAUCUUUCUAUGUAAAAAGUCUAAAGGUUAAUUAAUUAAUUAAAAAAAAAGGAAGGAGAGGAAAUUCUUCCUUUCACCACAGCUUUGCAUGCACCAUAUGACAUAUCAGUGAUGCUACUAACCAAUAGAGUAGUAUAGAGAAAAGCACUUGUAGUAUAUAUUACUAAUAGAAAUGACUAACCCAGUGUGAAUUUGGUUUGUUGAUCAGCCGAUUUGAACCUUCUGAUUUAUCGAUGUUGUCAGCUUGACACCAAACAAUGAGGUACUCUGAUUGGAGUAGGAAACCAAUACGAUUUGAAAAGAACGCUAUAAAUAUAUUUAUUCUUUGAAAAAACAAAACGAAAAAAAACAACAACUUUUAUAUGGUUCAUGUAGUUAUUUGAAAGUGGACAGUUGUAAUCUCUGUUAGAAUUCGGAUCACGUGUGACCAAAUAUGUUGCCUGUGCUUCAUUUUGCCCCUCAUGUUCUUCCCUCACAUACACAGAAAUAUGUAAGGAAUAUAUUGUACGAUGUUUACAGUAAUUGUUGUGUUCCUCUUCUUAUGGCUUCAUGUGUUACCGUCUCUUUUCAUUAACAUUAGGAACAUGCAACGGUUGCCCUACAGAGUAGAAAAGGUCACAGUGACAUGGCCGACGUGCAGCGAAGAAUUUCCAGUCUCUAGUUGCCCAUAUUUGGUAUUCAGUGGCCCACGUCAGCUUUCCAGGAUGUAUAGAAAUUCCCAUUGUACAGCCCGAGAGGGGUAUAUUUUGUGUUCUUUAUUUGUAGAAAGAAAUAUAUAAGUAUAAUAUGUUCAAAUUAUUCGAUUGGAGCAACAACAGCUUUCACCACAUAGAAAUAAAAUGGGUCAAAUCAUGGAGAGAUUGCACAAAAAAAUAAGAAUUUUAAAUAUCAGAAAUGUGUGUUUAUGAUACAAAGUAAAGGCUGCUUAUGUUGGGCCAGUUCGUGGCCAAUAUUUUGGAUACCCCAGCACCAGAUUUGGACUUUUCAGAUUUGUAGGACCUGCAAUAGUUGGUUUGAUUGGUUUAAUUGACCAUUUCUGCCUGGUGGAUCACUGGAAACCCCAUCACUCAAAGUCAACCAAUCACACAGUUACUUUUCUCCUGUGACCCUGUUGUCAUUGGCAUUAGAGGCAUUAGACUGACAGUCUACAGCAAUACAGUAGAAUUGAGAAUAUUCUGCACGGGUUAGUGAUGAAGAACGAGUCUGUGUUACUGAGUGACAGGAGAGUCGGAGGUGUGCAGUCAUUAAUGGCUUCUUUCUUUGGUGAAACAAUCAUACUUUAUGCACUGAAAUAUCCCAUAAACUACGCACUGAAGAAGACUAUUUAAAGCUUCUAAUAUAUUUAAAUGUCGGACACACACUAUUAAUAAACGUGGAGGGUUUGUUUUCACGUUUCCCAUCAUGGAAACUGAUUAGUUCUCUUUUCCUUAGUACAGUAUUGUAUUAUAUGUAUUGUAAAUGUUUACUAGUUUAUCUCCUGGGUCUGUCCAUGCCAGUGUCUGGUUUGCAUUGUGUACUAGUGCCUUACUCAAGUCUGCUCCUCUCCGGAUCAGAACAGAUGCCAUUUUAAUGCCCAUGGUGGUCUUAAUAAACUGUCAUCUACUCCUUUGCCAUACUGUUCGAUGCCUUGGCUGGAAACGUACCUGCCCACAAUGUUAUAAUGCUGAUACGAAAGGGCAUCUGUGGAUACCUUAGGACUUAGAGACCAUAUCAGAAGACUAACACUAGACUGCAUUCCAUGAGCAUGUGGCGAUUUGUGUUCAAAUCAUGUCCUCGUUCCAUCUGAUUCCGUCUGAUUACUGUUAAGGAAAAAAGGAAAGGAAAAAUAAGUUUUUAUCAUUAAAUGUAAGAAAUACCCUGAAAUAUAUUGUCUAACUGAUUUGUCUGAGUAUUUACAGAAACAGAAACAAGUCUCUUAUUGAAUUGAUGUUGUGGUUUCUUCGACAGACUUUUGUUGGUUGUUUUAUGAUUUUAUGCUGUAUGUAUGAUGUUUAUCUGGUCACAGAGGUAUUUUUUGUAUUCACCAAAAAUAAAACAAAUAAAAAUAAAUACUUCCAUUGAA